CACAAUGAUUGAUAUGGCCGCACAGCAACGGUGGAAAGAGUAAAGUCAAAGCCAUACGAUCAACAAACCCGGUUUCGGGGCAGCCUAGCUCUCUUCUCGAGCGUAGUCACCUGCCCGACCUGAUCGCCACGAUACUGAAGAAACUUCAGGGAAAUUUGUAUUCGUGAAGUGCAUUGUGGCAGCUACGCUCUAUCUACCUCUUCACUUCAGCGAUACAUCUACGAAGUGCGCUAGCCUGUUGUACUUGUAAGUUGUAGUGUUUUACUCAAUGUAAAGAGAAUAGUGUGCCCCUCGCAGCAGUGCCAGUGGCGAAGCAGCAGCAGCAGCAGCAGCAGCAGCAGCAGCAGCAGCAGCAGCAGCGCGAAGUCUGAUAUUUGAAGCAGUACCAGUGGUGUGGAAGUCCAGUGCCAGUGGCCUACUCUGGAGGAUUUCUAAUCGGACUAAAAGAUCCUUUGUUGUGUGCACCGACGUUGUGGAUUUCUCUUCAUUGUUGAUCCCGUUUCAUUCUCCACUUCAUUGUCCACCUACGUCUUGUCUGGCCUGCAAGUCACACUCACAGCAAGGAGGUCAGUGUAGCUGCUAGAGUUUGUACUGCAUCGUGACACGAACAGCACAAUGGACAGAGAGAGGCUCGAGGGUGAUAGGGUCUCCAAAGAAGAAGCCGCUGCGCUAUUAUGUACAUUUUCGGAGAGUGGAGACCCAAAGGAGGGAUACGUUGUGUCUCAACAAGUACCUACGCGUCAGCCGCAGCAGCAGCCACACCGGAAGUCUAGUUUUGAUGUAGAGAGGCCUCAGCACUAUCAGGCUCAACAGCUCAACACUGCCACUAGCUCUCGAAAGACUACAGGCAUGGUUUCAGGUGCACCUCUUAGACCGAAUAUGCCUCAUAGCCAUGGCAUGCCGGCUAGCGUGGAGCCGGUCGGUCAUGCUCGACAAGCCCAAACUGCGGCAGCACCAGUCCAGCUGCAGUAUAGGUUUUCUACCUCGCAUACGAGAGCAUCUAGUGCAAGCAAGUCUCGAAGAGGAGACGAUGCUGAAGGAGAGCCUAAACCGAAGCGACGUUCUGCUCAGCAGAAGGCCAGCACAAGGCCAGCUACUAGUGAAAUGUCCUACACAUAUGCUCAAGCACCUACCACUGUGCAGAGUGGAAGAGUUGGGACGCCAGAAAGACAAGUGAACGUGGACCGGAGCAUCUCAAAGUCCACUAACGGUUCACCUGCAACAGCGUCAUCUUCAGCUGCCACGUCCAGUAGCCAGGGAGCAGUACGAUUGGUUGACCGGCGAGAUGUACCACAGCAGACACUAGCUGAGUCAUUGUAUAUACAUCCUGAUGUCAUUCAGCGAGGCAACACUUCCCUGAGUCAGGUUAAUAAGACCCAAGCAGCAGCAGCAUCCACCAAGGCUGGUGCAGGCACUGUGAUCACUGAGCAUAGCCAUCCUACCGUCUUAGCUGCACAAGGAAGCCAGUCUUCAAUCUCGCAACCACUGCCAAUGUCAGUUGUUCCGUCGUAUGUGAUGGCUAUGCCAUCGUCGUCUUCAGCAAUGCCAGCAGGAGCGGCGCCGGCGCCAGUAGUAACUGUUGCUACUGCUAUGAACACCAUGGGUGGUGUUGUGGCUGCCGCUGGUGGUGCUGCCAGUAAUGUGAUGAUGCCCGCUGCAAUGAUGCCAUCGGUGGGUGCAGUUGCCACCCAGAUGGGACCUGGUGGUGUGCAGUAUCUUAUUCCGGUUCAGUCAUCGGAUCGAAAUGCACAGGCCUAUCCAACUGGCUAUACUGUUAGUGGGCCUCAACUGGCAGCAGCAGCAGCAGGACCGCCACCACCACAAGGCUGUGUGGCAGCAGUGGGACUAACUGGUCAGCCAGUAGCUCAACCAAUAGCUCUGCAAGUUAGCCAGCAAGCAGCGGAGUAUUCCAUCAGCAAUGGCAACCUCCCUAACAGUAGUAAUAGCUAUGGACAGGCAGUGAUCACGGCAGCAUCACCGACUGACAGUGCCGCACAAUCCCAGCAGCAUCCUGCAAACUCUACAUUAGUACCUCUUGGAAUUCAGAAAAUGCCAUCCAAUCAUCCAGUGUAUGUACAGGUUCCUUCCCAGGCUGCUGGUUCACAGGGCGGUGGCGGCGUAACUGACAUGACGUAUGCUGGGACUAGUGUAGGACAAGCUACUGCAGUGGCUGCAGGUCCUGGUGGCUACCCAUUCAUGGUAAUGUAUCCAGCAGCUGCUGGAGCUGCUGGUGCGCCUACUGCCGGUACUGCCAGUGUGGCUGGUGCUGGUGCUGGUGCUGGUGGUGUUCUUGCAUACUCCUUGCCAGGUGCUGUGCCGGCAAAUGCCCAGCAGUACUCGUAUACAUUGCUGAAUCCUGGUCAAGCAUCCAGUGGAGUAGCCUCAGUCCCCAAUGUUCCAGUCCAUCAUGUGGCUAUGUCACUAGCUGAUACAGAUGAAAGUGGCAAUGUAGUGUUGCCAGAUAAAACACAUCCAGCUACCACAGCGACGUCCCAGAUGUCCGCUGAAGCUACCAGAAACUCCAGUCUCAAUGCCAACCAUGAUAGUAAGGCUUACUCCGAAUAUCAACGAGUAACCGCAAUGUCCGUUGCUCCACCUGCGCAAGUACAGGCUUUGCAACGGCCAGAACAUGCCAGGGAUAGCCACCAAGGCCCAACGGAAAGCGGCAGUGUGACUGCGAAAAGAAGUACUGGUCAUACUACUAAGACAAGCAUUGUUUGGAACACGACCGAGACGUGUUUGUAUCAACUGAGUCCAUCUCAGAUCUUUGUGCAGCUACUGGCAGCAUCCAGCGACAAUGAGCAUUUCACAUGGAUGCCUGACAACAUUCAUUCACUGGGCAUUGUUCAAGGUCACCUCCUGUGCUGUGGAUCAAAAAAGCUAUGGUCGUGGCAGGACAAAUCGUGGGUGUUUUGUUCCAAUUUGGAGGAUUGCACCGCAAUGUGCAGCACGUCUCCAGAUUCAAUGAAUCUGCUGGUAUGCUGCGGUAAAAAACUUCUGAGACGCGAUGACUGGAUGGAUGACAUUGAGGGUGGUGAUGGUGAUUUCUGGCACUAUAUAUGUGACUGCGAGUCCUUCUCUAGUAUCGCACAGUGCAAACAGUUUGUAUUUGGCUCAUUCAAUGGAAACGUUGCUGUGUUCAAUAUCCGGCGACCAUCUAAAAAGUGGACGAUUCUAGAAGAUGCACCCAAACUAAGGACCUUGGCUGCUCAUGGCGGAACCGUCUAUGGGAUUGAUGUGAACAAUCACCGCUAUUCUUGUCAGCUGACUAUGGAUGGUGAAUCAUUGCAGAGCAUGCAGUGGUACAGAGAUGGUGCUGCCUUGCAAGCAACUGUGGACAUGUGUGCUGGCCCAGCCCCACAAUCCUUGUCUAACACAUCACCACGGAAAGAAGAGACUGCAGAGGAAAAGCCUAAACAUCUGUUUUCAUCCUCAAACCUGUCAUCUUCUGUCGCUACGCCAGCCACUUCUGGUUGUAAUGGCCAAAAUGGAAAGUCUUCAAGUGGCUAUGCAACGAAUGGAGGUACCAAGACGAGUUCUGGUAGCCACUCACAUCUAGGAGCGAUAUCAUCCUCCAUGAAAUCUCAAUCAAGAGGAAAGCCAUCUGAAUACCAGCCACUUUGUCCUCCACAAGUCAGGUUCCCAAUUGGCAGCGGUGGUGACGAUGUCAAGAGUCUAUACCUCUUUACACAAUCCUUGUUCUUGUGGAAAAUGACUUCCGCUGGUGAAUUUGAGUGUGUAGCAAAGCUACCAUGGAUGCCUACAGCUAUGGCAUUCCUGGACAAAACUGCUUACGCUGUUGCUGAUUCAACUUUUUUUGCUGCCGAUAUUGAGAUGGAUGGAGAGGAAGGCAAACUUGGGGAGUGGAAGCCUGUGCAAGAGUCCAUCUUCAUGUCUGACAUGGUGGCUCACCGUGGAUGCCUGUUUGGCCUUGGGCAGAAAAUGCUGUGGAAGCGUGAGGAUGCGGCUCAGCAAGGAUGGGUUGCUGUCGGAUGUUCUGAAGCAACCGCAAUAGCAUCUGCUGAUGACUAUGUAUUUCUUGUCAGUCGUGACAAGCUCUACAGCAUGCAUCCAGACCCAGAAAGCAAACAAUUCAUUACAACAUGGAGUGAAGCUGGGCCUGCUAGCAAGGUUUGGUCAAUGAAGGCUGCUGGGUCUCACUUGUACAGCCUGUGUGGUAAUACGCUGUGGAGUGGACCGGUCAAAACACCUGCUAACACUGAACAUGUGUGGACCAAACUGUGCAACACAAGACAGGUGAGUGGUCUGUGUUCUGGACCAAUGAAUAUAGGCACAAUGUCUGAUGUCCCUGAAGAUGCUGUCUCACCUAUUG